GAAACGAGCUGUGCACUUCCCAUAGGAAAAAGUGCGUAAUGCAAUAUUAAUUCAUAUCGAAAGAGAAGAACGUCUUUAAAAAAUGACCUUUGACAGCAUGAAGAAAAACCACUCUUUGACCUACAAUUGUGAGUGAAGAAUAAUAAGCAAAACAUGGAGAAGAAAGUGAGCCAGCUAAGGAAUAGUGCUAAACCAGGUGGCAAAACAAGGAGAUCAUCAACUCCAGGAGUCAUAAUAAUAGAAUUUACUGAGACUAUCCCACAAGAAUGUAGUGCACCUGACAUUGAACGCAGGCCAAUCCCACUGACCAUGCAGGAAGGUAAAAGUGCUAAUUUUAAAGCUGCUGUGCGAGGAAAUCCAGAGCCUACCUUAGUCUGGAGCUUUAAUGGGAAAAAUCUCAGUAACAGUAACAAAUAUAAUAUAUCCUACGACAGAAUUAUGAAAGAACAUAUCUUACAGGUAAAACAACUGACUAUAGAUGACGCUGGUUCCUAUAAGUGCACUGUUUCUAAUGAAUAUGGAGAGGCCAGAUGUGCAACAAAUCUUAAUAUCAUAGAAGUUGGUUACAAGAAGAAACUUAAAAGGCCUGGAGAAGUCCAAGACAAAAGUACAGACCCUACUGAUUUUAGAAAGAUGUUGAAAAAACGUGCUCCACCACCUGUAAAAAAAGGACAGAAAGUUCCAGAUGAAAAGGUCUGGGAAAUUCUAAUGCACGCUGACAAAAAAGACUAUGAACGGAUUUGCAUGGAGUAUGGUCUUACUGACUUCCGUGGCAUGUUGACAAAACUGAAUCAAAUGAAAAAGGACAGAGAGGAAAAGCAGGCACAGUAUGUGAAAGAAAUUAGCAAUCUCAAACAUGUUGAAACAAAGUCAGAUGGAUCAGCUACCUUUGGAUUCGAUUUGGAACUCAAAAGCCCAAAGCUAAAUAUUUAUUUAUACAAGGAUGGAAAACUCAUCCCGCAUUCCUUGGAUGCGGAUCAAAAGCAUUACCUCAAGCAUGUGGGCAAAAGAUAUACCUUCUGCAUUAAAGAUCUCCAACUUGAUGAUGUUGGAUUGUACAAAGUAACUGUUGAAGAUGCAGAGGUUUUUGCAACAGAAGUGGAUAUCAGUCUUAUCCCAGUGAACUUUACGUGCAAAUUACAAGCUGUCAAAUGCAAGGAAGGAAACAAUGCCAUUUUUGAGUGCGAUAUUUCAUUACCCAUUCCAGCAGAAUGGUCAUACAAAAAGAUACCACUGGAAAACAGUGAUAAAUAUGAAAUUAAGGUCUCUCCUGAUGGCUUGAAACAAAGCUUGAUCAUAAAAAAUGUACGUUCUGUAGACAAAGGAGUAUAUACAGUUUCAGCCGGAGCUGGAUUUUCAAGCGCAUAUCUCAGUGUAGAAAAAAAUCGAGGCACAGCUUCUCCGUCCUCAUUAAGAAAAGAGAUUGAAUCUGACUACAGUCAAGAGGAUUUUUCAGACAUUACUUUGGAACAAGAGCUUGAAGAUACAACCAAAGGUGGUUUAAAGGCCAAGCGUUCACUACAUGAUGAAGAUUUAAUAAUAAAAGAUGACAUGAAGCAACAAAACCACUCAUCAGAGAAAGACAGCAUUAACUUUGGUAGAGGAGUUUUGCAGAGAGCUUCAAUGGAUGGGCUGGAUGGUGCUACCAAAAGUGACCAGAGUGCUUAUGACAGAAUAGGAAAAGCUGACAGUGGUAGCUUAAAAAGUGUUGGAAAAGGUGGUUUUGAUGGAUUGGAUGGAAUGGGAAGAGAUGGAAGGGAUGGCAGGGGUAGAUUGGAUGGAGUGGGAAGGGGUGGAAAAGGUGGGUUGGAUGGAAUGGGAAGAGAUGGCAAGGGAGGGUUGGGUAGAAAAGGAAGGGAUGACAAGGAUGGGUUGGAUGGAAUCGGAAGGGAUGGCAAGGGUGGGUUGGAUCGAAUGGGAAGAAAUGGUGGAAGCAGGUCUGAUGGAAUGGGAAGAGAUAACAAUGGUGGGUUGCUUGGAAUAGGCAAAGUUGAUAUGGGCCGUUUGAAGGGAAUGGGAAGAGAUGAGAUGGACAGGAUGGGUGCAAUGGGAAGAGGUGACCAGGAUAGAUUAGAUGGAAUGAGAAGAGAUGGUAAGGAUGGAUUAGACGGAAUAGGAAGAGGUAGCAAGGGUGGAUUAGACAGAAUGGGACGAAGUGGCAUGGAUGGAUUAGAUGGAAUGGGAAGAGUUGGUAAGGAUGGAUUAGACAGAAUGGGAAGAGGUGGCAGGGAUGAUUUAGAAGGAAUGGGAAGAGAUGGUAAGGAUGGAUUAGAUGGAAUGGGAAUAAGUGGCAAGAGUGGAUUAGAUGGAAUGGGAAGAGACAGUAAAGGUGGAUUAGAUGGAAUGGGAAGAGGUGGCAAGGAUGGUUUAAAUGGAAUGGGAAGUUGUGGCAGGGGAAUAUUAGAUGAAAAAGGAAAGGGUGGCAAGGGUGGAUUAGAAGGAAUGGGAAGAGAUGGUGAGGGUAGGAUGGGUAGAACAAGAAAGGAUGGUCAUGAUAGAAUGUAUGAUGAUGGGAUAGAUAACCUCACAAAUUUGGAUGGUAGUGGAAGAGGCAAUCAGAAUGAAUCAAAAGUAUCAGCAUGGAGGGAAGUGGAAAAUAACUUACCAGAUGGCUCCAACCAAGGCAAAGAUAGUUCAAUGGGAUACAAUAAUGUCACCAGUCCUGGAAGAGGUCAAGAUGGCCUGAAUGACAUUCAUGCCUUAAGCGUGCCUGGAGACCUAUCAAACAGAAGUAACAUUGAUGGAUCUACAAAAGGUGGAUAUGCAUUAUCAGAAAAGUGUGACCAGAAAAGCUUACAAAGAAGAGAUCAAAUGUCAAACCAAGGUGAAUCUAUGGCAGGAGGUUAUCAAGACGCCCUGACCUCUGAUGCAUCUCAGACACAACCAAGUGGGAGUUCGAGGAGAAGGAGCGGAAAGUUUUCUGAAAGUGACAUCAAUGAAGCAGACCUGGACGUCAAACAUAAAGAGCCAGCUCGACGUUUCAAAAGGGGACUUUUAGAUGUGAGUGUUCGGAAGGGACAGGCUGCUGAACUUUGUUGCGUGACAGCAAAUGAAAAUACACGAGGCACCUGGUUUAAGAAUGGCACAAAAAUUACUCCAGGAGAUGGAAAAUCAGUCACUAAAGAGGGAGCAAUACAAAAAUUAAUUAUACCCAAUGUCAAGGAGGAAGAUUCAGGGGUGUAUACAUUUGAAGCUGAUGGAGGGAAAACGGAAGCCUCUCUGUUUGUCAAAGAUCCUCCAGAGUUUGAUCAGGAUGUGCUUGAUCAGUUGGGAAAGAAAGACACAAUUAUUAAGGCUGGUCAAACUGCAACAGUGAAGGUGCCAUUCUCAGGAAAGCCACCAAUGAAGGUGUCUUGGUACAAGGAUGGAGAAGAACUUUUUGAAGACAACAGAAUCAGCAUUGACAACAGUAAAACUUUUACACGAUUAUCAAUCUCCAAAUGUAAUAGAAAGGACAGUGGAAAGAUGACAGUUAAAUUGAAGAAUGAAAGCGGCUCAACAAGUGCAAACAUUAACCUGGCUGUCAUUGAUAAACCACAGGCACCUCAGGGACCUCUAUUAAUUCUAGCAAGUUUGGAAAACUGUAUUUCCUUUAAGUGGAAGCCUCCUAAGGAUGAUGGUGGUAAACCUAUACAGCAUUAUGUAAUUGAAAAGCAACAGGUAGGUAGAAAUACAUCGACAAAAAUUGGUGAAGUGGAUGAACCAACAACAACAUUCUCAUUUGACAAAGCGGAGCCAGGAAAGAAAUACAAAUUCAAAAUUUGGGCCGUGAAUUCAGAAGGCAUAAGUGGAGCAUUGCUAUCAGAAGCAGUCACUGCUGGUAGAAAAGAUGUUCCUGGAUCUCCAGCAAAACCAAAUAUCUUGAGUUCAAGCAACAAAUCCAUUACAGUGUCAUGGACUCCACCACAUAACACCGGUAGUUCCAGAAUAAUUGGAUAUAUCAUAGAAAAGCGCAGGAAAGGUAGCAACAUCUGGAGUGCUGUCACUGACACUCCAGUUACAGGUAAGAAGUGGACGAUAACUGAUGUCGUUGAAGGGUUCGAGUAUGAAUUUCGAGUGACUGCAGUGAACUCCUCUGGUCCGGGAGACCCCAGCUGUGAGAGUGAAGCAGCAUUUGCUCGUGAGCCUAUGAAGGUACCUGGAACUGUGAGAGACCUCAGAGUAACAGACUCCACCUAUUCAACCAUAUCUCUAUCAUGGAAUCCACCAAUUUACAAGGGCAGUGAUGUUCCUAAAGGUUACAUUGUUGAAAUGAAAUCCUCUGACUCUACUACUUGGACGAGAUGCAACUCAGCUGCUGUGGGACUGAAUUCAUAUACUGUGAAAGGCUUAAACAAAAUGGGAAUGUAUUUUCUACGUGUAAGAGCUGUUAAUGAUGGUGGAAUGGGGGAACCCAUAGAAUUAGACAGUUAUGUUCUUGCCAUGCCUCCUCCAGUGUGUCCUAAGUUUAAAAUGAAUGGAUCUGUAAAAAAUUUCAUGAUCAUCAAGGAAGGAAAUUCAUUACGAGUCCAAAUGCCAUUUGAAGCAUCACCUCCUCCUGAAGUGAUUUGGCUGAAAGAUGGUUUUCCAGUUUCAGAACAAGCCACAAUAACCAGUACCAGUGGCAGCACUCAACUUUUUAUUCCAGUCUCACAGAGAUCUCACUCUGGAAUUUAUUCUGUAACAUUGAAGAAUCUUCUUGGCCAAGAAUCAUUCAGUUUUGAGAUUAGAGUUACAGCUGUUCCCAAACUUCCAGGUCCAGUAACAUUGACUGAAAAUGUUCCUAACACAGUGACAGUUUCUUGGGAACCAUCCAGUGAUGAACCUCUUGAUGAUCAUUUGCAUUAUGUUGUUAUGCAAAGAGAUUCACACAGACUGAAGUGGUACACAGUGAGAGAUAACAUCUUCAACAAUAAAUUCACAGUCAUAAAUAUUGUUCCAGGCUGCAAAUACUACUUCAGAGUUCUAGCGAAAAGUGACAUGGGCUGCAGUGAACCUUCAGAAACACGAGAACCAUGGUGCAUUUCAAGGCAAAGAGAUCCAUUUGCUUUAAAAUUUCCAAUCUACAAAGCUCGAAGCAAUAUAACAGCGCCUGAAUUCUUUGUGAGGUUAAAGACUCACAUUGCACCAAGUGGAUCUGACAUUAAUAUGAGCUGUGCCGUUAAAGGAUUCCCUCCACCUAAAGUGACCUGGUUCAAAGAUAAUAUAAAUAUCAUGGAUGAUGCAAACUUCUGGUCUACAAAUAUCUAUGGGGUUUGUUCCCUUUGCAUUUUUGCUGCAAGCCCAAAGCAAACUGGAGAAUACAUGGCCAUUGCAGAAAAUUCAGUUGGAAGAGCCAUCACCAAAACUAGAUUAUUGGUUACAGAGUGAAGCGACGUCACAAAGAACUUUGGCACGGUUUUCAGAUAAGCAAACCAAGUGAAAGUAGCAAAUUUGAUCAAAUCUAUGAGUUGGACUGAACUGUCUGCCUGAUUUUGGGGUUUGAUAUAUAGUCAGUUAUUCAUGAAAUGAAUAGAUACAUGUUAGAAGAGUUUAAAAAAUGCAAAAAUAUAAACAAACCACAUUGAGAUGACUGUAAAUGCGAUUUUCAUUUAAUUAUAAAGCUU